GGGGCUCUCGGAGGAGGGGACUCUUUGAAGAGAUCCGCGGGGGCCUGGUGGUCCUUGGAAAUGAAUGGGCUCACUUUUCCUGAGUUCGCUAUUUUGGGAGGCAUUUGGAAGUCUAGACAUCUGGGAGUGGUCUGGGGACUCCCAGUCACAGGUUGGACACCUGGAUGGUGUUCUUGAUGGACUGGGGUCGUGAGUUCCCUCGGGUUCUCAGCCUGCGGGCCGGGCACUGCGGGGGGCUUGGUCCCCCGGCUCCACCCCAUCAUGUGGCUGCUCCGGCUCCGCCUCUGCCCCAGUUCCUGUUUCGGCCUCUGCUGUCCCUCUUCAGCCCCUGGGUCUUCCCGCAGACGCCUGCUCUUCCAGGGCGCCUGCGGCCCGCAUCCGCGCUCACCCCGCCGGGGCAUGGGGCCUUCCCCCGGCUUGGGCCGGCCCAUCUGGGGCCCCCGAGGUGACUCGGCCCCGCGGUGACCAGCCGGCCUUCCUGGUGCUGCGGUCUCCAGGAUGAAGGGCAGCGAGGGGGACGCGGGCGAACAGGCCCCGCUGAACCCGGAGGCCGAGAGCCCCGCGGGCUCGGCCACGUACCGCGAGUUCGUGCACCGCGGCUACCUGGACCUCAUGGGGGCCAGUCAGCACUCGCUGCGGGCGCUCAGCUGGCGCCGCCUCUACCUCAGCCGGGCCAAGCUCAAAGCCUCCAGCCGCACGUCUGCGCUGCUCUCUGGCUUCGCCAUGGUGGCCAUGGUGGAGGUACAGCUGGAGAGCAACCACGAAUACCCGCCGGGCUUGCUAGUGGCCUUUAGUGCCUGCACCACUGUGCUAGUGGCUGUGCACCUCUUUGCACUCAUGGUCUCCACGUGUCUGCUGCCCCACAUUGAAGCCGUGAGCAACAUCCACAACCUCAACUCUGUCCACCAGUCACCACACCAGAGACUCCACCGCUACGUGGAGCUGGCCUGGGGCUUCUCCACUGCCUUGGGCACCUUUCUCUUUCUCGCUGAAGUUGUCCUGGUUGGCUGGGUCAAGUUUGUGCCCAUUGGGGCCCCCUUGGACACACCAGUCCCUGGGGUACCUGCAUCCCCGGUGCCUGGGACUCUGCCACCAGUGGCCACCUCCCUUAGUCCAGCUUCCAACCUCCCACCAUCCUCUGCUUCUGCAGCCCCGUCACAGGCUGAGCCAUCUGAGGCCUGCCCACCCCGGCAGGCAUGUGGUGGUGGUGGGGCCCAUGGGCCAGGCUGGCAAGCAGCCAUGGCCUCCACAGCAAUCAUGGUACCUGUGGGGCUCGUGUUUGUGGCCUUUGCCCUGCAUUUCUACCGCUCCUUGGUGGCACACAAGACAGACCGCCACAAGCAGGAGCUUGAGGAGCUGAGUCGCCUGCAGGGGGAGCUGCAGGCUGUGUGAGGCUGGUGUUAAACUGCUGCAAGCACUGCCUCCCGGGUCCACCAGAGGCCCCAAGGUCUACAGACCUCAUUCCCUGCCCCUGGCUUGAGCCACUUCCUGUGGCCACUCAGGUAGAAACCAGUUUCCUGCCUGUAGGGUCCUUGGGGCAGCUCCCACAUUCCCAGGAAUUUUCCCUGUCAGCCUGUCCCAUGGGUUUUAUAAGCUCUAUGCCUGGGCUGGGAGAAACAAGGGAGGAGGUAGAAGGUCCUCAAUCCAAGGAUCAUGUGGUAGAUGGAGGGUUGGCAGGGAGACCCUGGUGGGACCUUUGGUGCUGACCCUCAGGCACCUUUUCCAUUCCUAUACGGAAUGGUCAGAAGGUUACAUGCCCACACAGCUGCCCCAAAAGGUAGUCAACUCUUGCUUUAUUUUCGUAGAAUCUAUUUUAUGGUUGGCAUUUUUUUUUUGAGACAGAAUCUCGCUUUGUUGCCCAGGCUACAGUGCCAUGGCUUCAGCCUAGCUCACAGC